AUGGAUAUUGGGGCCCAUUCCAAGGUGGCAGUGAUUGGUACAGGUUCCGUUGGGUCAUCGAUAGCGUAUGCGUUGAUGUUGAAGAAUAUCGCCAACGAGGUGUUGCUGGUCGAUGCCAUUCCGGAGAGAGCUCGAGGACAGGAAAUGGAUCUCAGUGACUCUAAUGUGCUCAGUUCUACUCGUGUCCGUUACGCUACAAUUCAGGAGGCAGGCCAGGCUGAUGUGAUUAUCAUUACUGCCGGCGCCAAGCAGCGUGAAGGCGAGUCUCGCACAGAGCUUAUUGAUCGCAAUUACGAUAUUCUCGAAAACGUCAUUGGCGCUAUGCGCCCUAUCAAAAGAGAUGCUGUGAUGCUGAUCGUGGCCAAUCCGGUGGACGUUCUUACUUUUUUUGCACAAAAACUGUCAGGGUUGCCUCGUCGUCAAGUUUUUGGAUCUGGCACAUUUCUCGAUUCAUCACGUCUUAAAGUAUACCUGUCAGAGCGAUUAAAGGUCAACUUUAAGGCAAUUCAUGCCGCGGUCUUGGGCGAGCAUGGUGACUCUCAGUUCAUUGCAUGGGAAUCCGCAAAUGUAGCAGGCAAGCCUUUACUAUCCUUUCCCGAAAUGAAAGACAUCGAUAAGGAAAAAAUUCGUCGAAAGAUUGCCGGAAAGGCUAUGGACAUUAUCAAGCUUAAGGGAUCGACCUAUUACGGUAUUGCUGCAUGCACGGUGUCGCUCUGUGAAAGUAUCAUUCGAAACAAACACGAUGUUCGGCCGUUGUCUGUUUACGUGGAAAAACUGGGAGUAACCAUGUCCAUGCCGGCCAAGUUGGGCUGGCAUGGCAUCGAAGAAGUGUACGAUGUGCCUUUGAGUGAAUCUGAGCAAGAGCAGUUAUGGGCAAGCGCCAAGUCACUCAGAACCGUUUGUGAGAAGUACAACACUUAG